AUGGAGCUCACAGCCUUCAGCCAGGGCUCCUACCUGGCAUCGCACUGGCGCACGCACACGGGUGAGAAGCCCCACAAUUGCGCCGAGUGCGGCAAGGCCUUCGCGCGCCUCACGCACCUGAGCCAGCACCGGCGCGUGCACACCGGCGAGAAGCCCCACGCCUGCGGGCAGUGCGCCAAGACAUUCCGCAAUCGCGCGUCCCUCCUGGAACACCAGCGUAUCCACACCGGCGAGAAGCCUUAUGAGUGCUCGCAGUGCGCCAAGUCCUUCCGCUUCUCCUCUGCGCUCAUCCGCCACCAGCGCAUCCACACAGAGGAGAAGCCCUACCGCUGCUCCCAGUGCGCCAAGGCCUUCACGCAGAUCGCGCACCUCACGCAACACCAGCGCACGCACACUGGCGAGAAGCCCUAUAGGUGCGGCGAGUGCGGGGCGCCGUUCAGCCAGAGCGCCUCGCUGGCGGAGCACCGGCGCAUCCACACCGGUGAGAAGCCCUAUAAGUGUGCCGACUGUGGGAAGGCCUUUACACAGGUCUCGCACCUCAGCCAGCACCAGCGCACGCACACCGGCGAGCGGCCCUACAGCUGCGCAGACUGUGGCAAGGGCUUUAGCAACCGCUCCCACCUCCUGCAGCACCACCUGGUGCACACAGGCGAGAAGCCCUACCGGUGCGGCGAGUGUGGGGCCGCCUUCAGCCACGUGUCUUCGCUCAUCGAGCACCAGAAAAUCCACACGGGCGAGAAGCCUUACAGGUGCGCCGAAUGCGGCAAGGCCUUCAGCCAGGGCUCCUCUCUCACGCUGCACCGGCGCACGCACACCGGGGAGAAGCCCUACACCUGCCCCGAGUGCGGCAAGGCCUUCCAGCGGCGGGCUGACCUGACCCAACACCAGCGCAUCCACACUGCAGACAAGCCCUUCUUGUGCGCCGAAUGUGGCAAGUGCUUCCGGAGGAACGCCACCCUGGUUGUGCACCAGCGCAUCCACACAGGCGAGAAGCCCUUCUCAUGCUGGGACUGUGGCAAGGCCUUCAGCCAGCGCGCCAACCUCACGGUGCACCGGCGCACGCAUACGGGUGAGAAGCCCUACAAGUGCGCUGAGUGUGGCAAGGCUUUCGUGCAGAACAUGCAGCUCAUUGGGCACAGGCGCACGCACACAGGGGAGCGGCCCUACAAGUGCUACGAGUGUGGCAAGGCCUUCACGCAGAGCAUGACACUGGUGGAGCACCAGAAGACGCACACAGGCGAGAAGGCUUACCAGUGCCGCGAGUGCGGCAAGUUCUUCACCAAGUCCUCUGCCCUCAUCCUGCACGAGCGCAUCCACACCGGCGAGCGGCCCUUCAAGUGCUCCGACUGCGGCAAGGCCUUCAACCAGAACAUCCAGCUGGUGGUGCACCAGCGCAGCCACACAGGCGAGAAGCCGUUCCAGUGCACUGCCUGCGGGAAGUCCUACAGCCAGAAGGGCUACCUCACUGUCCACCAGCGGACGCACACUGGGGAGAAGCCCUUUGAGUGCAGUGAGUGCAAGAAGACCUUCAGCCAGAAGGCGCAUCUGUCCAUCCACUUGCGGAUCCACACAGGCGAGAAGCCCUACAGCUGCAACAAGUGUGGGAGAAGCUUCCGGAAGGUCUCGUUCCUGUUCCAGCACCAGCCUAUCCACAGCGAUGAGAGGCCUUUCAAGUGCAGCGUGUGCGGGAAGGCGUUUAUCCGCAAGUCAACCCUUGUCCAGCACAGCCGCAUCCACACAGGGGAGAAACCCUACCUCUGUGGGCACUGUGGGAAGGCCUUCCGACACCAGCCCACGCUGACCGCUCACCGCAGGAUCCACACCGGGGAGAAGCCCUACGUCUGUGGGCACUGUGGGAAGGCCUUCCGACACCAGCCCACGCUGACCGCUCACCGCAGGAUCCACACCGGGGAGAAGCCCUACGAGUGCAAGGCAUGUGGCAAGACCUUCCGGCGCCUCGGGAACCUCACCUGCCACCAGAAGACACAUGCCAGUGAGACUCCUCCUAGUGGACCUGGUGAGAGGAGGCCUGCGGCCUAG